AUGAGAAGACAAGGAGAAGAAGGCAAUGAGAAGGCAAGGAGAAGAAGACAAGGAAAGAGGGGGGGGGGGUGGCGAGAGGGCCAGGCGGCAGCGGGUGAGGCGGGAGAGGGUGAGGCCGGAGAGGGUGAGGCCGGAGAGGGUGAGGCCGGAGAGGGUGAGGCCGGAGAGGGUGAGGCCGGAGAGGGUGAGGCCGGAGAGGGUGAGGCCGGAGAGGGUGAGGCCGGAGAGGGUGAGGCCGGAGAGGGUGAGGCCGGAGAGGGUGAGGCCGGAGAGGGUGAGGCCGGAGAGGGUGAGGCCGGAGAGGGUGAGGCCGGAGAGGGUGAGGCCGGAGAGGGUGAGGCCGGAGAGGGUGAGGCCGGAGAGGGUGAGGCCGGAGAGGGUGAGGCCGGAGAGGGUGAGGCCGGAGAGGGUGAGGCCGGAGAGGGUGAGGCCGGAGAGGGUGAGGCCGGAGAGGGUGAGGCCGGAGAGGGUGAGGCCGGAGAGGGUGAGGCCGGAGAGGGUGAGGCCGGAGAGGGUGAGGCCGGAGAGGGUGAGGCCGGAGAGGGUGAGGCCGGAGAGGGUGAGGCCGGAGAGGGUGAGGCCGGAGAGGGUGAGGCCGGAGAGGGUGAGGCCGGAGAGGGUGAGGCCGGAGUGGGUGAGGCGGGAGAGGGGGAGGCGGGAGAGGGGGAGGCGGGAGAGGGGGAGGCGGGAGAGGGGGAGGCGGGAGAGGGGGAGGCGGGAGAGGGGGAGGCGGGAGAGGGGGAGGCGGGAGAGGGGGAGGCGGGAGAGGGGGAGGCGGGAGAGGGGGAGGCGGGAGAGGGGGAGGCGGGAGAGGGGGAGGCGGGAGAGGGGGAGGCGGGAGAGGGGGAGGCGGGAGAGGGGGAGGCGGGAGAGGGGGAGGCGGGAGAGGGGGAGGCGGGAGAGGGGGAGGCGGGAGAGGGGGAGGCGGGAGAGGGGGAGGCGGGAGAGGGGGAGGCGGGAGAGGGGGAGGCGGGAGAGGGGGAGGCGGGAGAGGGGGAGGCGGGAGAGGGGGAGGCGGGAGAGGGGGAGGCGGGAGAGGGGGAGGCGGGAGAGGGGGAGGCGGGAGAGGGGGAGGCGGGAGAGGGGGAGGCGGGAGAGGGGGAGGCGGGAGAGGGGGAGGCGGGAGAGGGGGAGGCGGGAGAGGGGGAGGCGGGAGAGGGGGAGGCGGGAGAGGGGGAGGCGGGAGAGGGGGAGGCGGGAGAGGGGGAGGCGGGAGAGGGGGAGGCGGGAGAGGGGGAGGCGGGAGAGGGGGAGGCGGGAGAGGGGGAGGCGGGAGAGGGGGAGGCGGGAGAGGGGGAGGCGGGAGAGGGGGAGGCGGGAGAGGGGGAGGCGGGAGAGGGGGAGGCGGGAGAGGGGGAGGCGGGAGAGGGGGAGGCGGGAGAGGGGGAGGCGGGAGAGGGGGAGGCGGGAGAGGGGGAGGCGGGAGAGGGGGAGGCGGGAGAGGGGGAGGCGGGAGAGGGGGAGGCGGGAGAGGGGGAGGCGGGAGAGGGGGAGGCGGGAGAGGGGGAGGCGGGAGAGGGGGAGGCGGGAGAGGGGGAGGCGGGAGAGGGGGAGGCGGGAGAGGGGGAGGCGGGAGAGGGGGAGGCGGGAGAGGGGGAGGCGGGAGAGGGGGAGGCGGGAGAGGGGGAGGCGGGAGAGGGGGAGGCGGGAGAGGGGGAGGCGGGAGAGGGGGAGGCGGGAGAGGGGGAGGCGGGAGAGGGGGAGGCGGGAGAGGGGGAGGCGGGAGAGGGGGAGGCGGGAGAGGGGGAGGCGGGAGAGGGGGAGGCGGGAGAGGGGGAGGCGGGAGAGGGGGAGGCGGGAGAGGGGGAGGCGGGAGAGGGGGAGGCGGGAGAGGGGGAGGCGGGAGAGGGGGAGGCGGGAGAGGGGGAGGCGGGAGAGGGGGAGGCGGGAGAGGGGGAGGCGGGAGAGGGGGAGGCGGGAGAGGGGGAGGCGGGAGAGGGGGAGGCGGGAGAGGGGGAGGCGGGAGAGGGGGAGGCGGGAGAGGGGGAGGCGGGAGAGGGGGAGGCGGGAGAGGGGGAGGCGGGAGAGGGGGAGGCGGGAGAGGGGGAGGCGGGAGAGGGGGAGGCGGGAGAGGGGGAGGCGGGAGAGGGGGAGGCGGGAGAGGGGGAGGCGGGAGAGGGGGAGGCGGGAGAGGGGGAGGCGGGAGAGGGGGAGGCGGGAGAGGGGGAGGCGGGAGAGGGGGAGGCGGGAGAGGGGGAGGCGGGAGAGGGGGAGGCGGGAGAGGGGGAGGCGGGAGAGGGGGAGGCGGGAGAGGGGGAGGCGGGAGAGGGGGAGGCGGGAGAGGGGGAGGCGGGAGAGGGGGAGGCGGGAGAGGGGGAGGCGGGAGAGGGGGAGGCGGGAGAGGGGGAGGCGGGAGAGGGGGAGGCGGGAGAGGGGGAGGCGGGAGAGGGGGAGGCGGGAGAGGGGGAGGCGGGAGAGGGGGAGGCGGGAGAGCGGGAGGUGAGGUAG